CCCACAACAAAAUGUCGCUGUGCUGAAAGGCAGCGGUUGUGCACUGCUGAUAAUAAUUACCAAGGCUCAACGCGGAAGCUGCGAAAAAUGAGACGACUGGUAUCAAACAGAGGUUUUGUUCUGACAGCUUUUAGUUUUGCUCUAGUUCGUGUUUCAUACUGCUCAGCAGAAAAUAUCCAGGUUGUUUAUCCGAAAAUACCGGCCAUUGCUGAAUAUUUUGGCACGAAAGGCAGAUAUGAAGAAGUGAAUCCACAUCUGAUAGACGACGUACUUGCUGUAAACAAAACUCUUUUGAAACCACCGUCUGUCGGAUGCAGCCCAAUUCAUCUGACCGCAAUUAUUAGACAUGGCACAAGAUACCCAACAACAAAAAAUGUGAAAAAGAUACGGCGUCUGUAUGACCUCGUAACAAACGAGGCAAUGAACAAUAAGAAAUGGCUGCAUGAAAUUAAAACUCAGUGGAGGAUGUGGUAUACCGAGGACAUGGACGGACAGAUUGUGGAGAAGGGCCGAGACGACCACAGGCAUUUGGCUGUCCGAUUGGCCACAUCCUUCCCAUCCUUGAUCUCUGAAGAAAACCUUCAAAGAAACCGCAUUAAGUUCAUCACUAGCUCAAAACACCGGUGUGUGGAUAGUGUCAUUGCUUUUAAAGAAGGGUUGCUGAACCUUUGGGGAUGCAAAGAUGUGGAGUUUACACAUGAAGUAAACGAUAUGCUGAUGAGGUUCUUUGACAAGUGCAGAAGGUUCAUCGAAGAUGUGGAAAACAACAAGACGGCCCUCAAAGAGGUGGAUUUGUUCGAGACCACCGCAGAAAUGAAGAGAGUCCAGAUAAAGAUGGCCGAUCGUCUGCAGCUACCCUACAGUCAAGUUACACCAGAUCUGGUCGAGGCUGCAUUCUACUUGUGCUCCUAUGAGUUUGCCAUUAAAAACGUCAGCUCUCCAUGGUGCAAUCUUUUCGAUGAAAUGGAUGCGAAAGUCUUAGAAUAUGCGAAUGACCUGAAACAGUACUGGAAGAGAGGCCAUGGUCAUGACAUCAACCGCAAGUCCAGCUGCACUCUCUUUCACGAUGUGUUCAGUCGGCUUGACCGGGCUGCUAAUGAGAUCAGAUUUGGUCAUGUGACAGAGGCUGUUGCGGUCCAGGUAGGCCAUGCAGAGACGAUCCUGCCUCUGCUGUCUCUCAUGGGCUUCUUUAAGGACGAGACGCCCCUGACCUCGGAGAACUACGCCGAGCAGCAGAACCGCUCCUUCCGAACCAGCCGCAUCGUGCCCUACGCCGCCAACCUGGUCUUUGUUCUUUACGACUGCAAAGAAGGCCUCAGACUGCAGUUCCGGCUCAAUGAGAAGCCCCUGACUUUUCCCAACAUUAGCCAUCCCGUCCCUCUGUACGAGACUGUUAGAGAGCGUUACAAAGACUUGCUGGAGGGUUGCAACUUUGACGAGGAGUGCGAGGUGCCCAGAUCAAGUUGCAGUAAAUGCUCAGAGCUGUGAUCCACCGGGCCCAAAGUUUGAUGAAUGGAGUGUGUGGAAGAGCUGGGUUUGGAGGUGUGUCGUCACAGCCAAGAGUCAAUACCACAACCCACGGCCAUGCAGAUCACAUUCACAAAGAAGCAACAAAAAAGUGCUUCACCGUAUAGGUUUAUCUCCAGUGCAGACUUCAAGUUACAGCUUUAAGACAGUUUACAGAGUUUGUAUUUCAGUACUGUUCCCCACUGGUGGAAACAGUGCAGGCAGCUGGGGUCAGAUAUGAGUUUUGCCCUUCUGCUCUUCUCCAUUCUAACCCUUACAGUACCAAAUAGUUUCCAAAGUUUGAAGGCUUUAAUAUGGCUUCAGGAGGAGAAUUCUGCUUUCUGCUGAUAAACAAGGUGUCUGUAUAUAUAAAUGCAUAUUUGAUUUCAGAAUGCUGUCUGUUCACAGCCAAUUCUACUUUGUGCAAGUAAUUCACAGAUUCUCUGACAAGAUUCUCAGAUUCUCUUAUUUAAAAUUGUAGUGGUUUAUCUGCCUAAUGCACUGAAAUUAAACUGACUAAAAAGGUUACUUUUAUUUAUUUUAUUUUAAAUUUGUACGCAUACUGGGUGUACAUUAGGAAAAAACUGCUGAGAAAUGUAAACCUCCAAAAAGUUGUACGUGUUUUUAAGGAUCUCAGUAUACAUGCAUACAGAAAAGGGACCUAUUCCAAUGUUCAUUUUUCAUCAAUAAGUUCAAAAUCUUCAGAAAUGACUUCAUGAUUUCAUAGUAUCCAGAAGAUCUAGAAAAAAAUGUUGGCCAUGGGCAUUGCCAGAUUGCCUUGCAUAAUAAUAUGUAUUAGUAGUAGUAUUUUCAGUUAAAUUUCAGUCAAUAUACUGAUACAACCCAUUAUUCAUGGAAGAAAAUGAAGUAAAAUGAAACUCUGGUUAGGUUAAAAAUGUUGUUAUAAUUCAGACACACAUUCAACGCUUUAUCGGCAAGUAUCUUUUAAAAAAGCCUUAGUCACUCUUUCACAUUUCAUGACACAACAAAUGUUAAAACUCACAAACUGCACUCCUUGAUAUUAUUUGGCAGACUUGAACCUUCUACUGAGACACCUUUACUCCUGAGGUAGUAAAAAGGACCAAACAACUUUUCACUACAAAUGUUUGUCAGACCUCUGUGGUUAAGAAUUCUAUCAUUAAUUACCUUGGUUGCAUGUUUAUUUGCCUAUCAUAGAUUUAAUCAAGCGAUGAUUUUAAGGGGGACCAAGGGUCAAUCUUUGACAAAAUGACCAAUACUUGACCUUAAUGGAGAUAACAAAUAUGUGAGUUCUCUGGGGGGAAAAAAACAUUCAAAAAGUAAACUCAGGGAAAAUGUUGGGUUGAAAAAAUUUUAUGGCCCUUAACAGUGCAGUUUGACAGAUACUGAGUACCUCCAGAAAAACUCCUGGGGUCUGAUUCAGAUAGAGACCAGCCCUUGGUGCUCUUUAACUAGGCCUCAGUAGGCUGUAAACCAUUUUUGACACUCGCAUUGUACCUCUGAGGAUGCACAGGGCAGUUAACAGUUUGCAUCUUUCUUUCUUUUCAUUUGUUUAAUUUUUAUGAAAAUGUGUGGUUUU